AUGUCGUCUGCUGUUUCAAAAUUUGAACUGCAUUUUGAUAAAGCCGAUUUGGUGUUCAGAGAUGGAGAGUACAUAACUGGCUACAUGGAAGUUAAUUUGAUUAGUGAAAUAAAAUAUAAAUCAAUAUAUUUUGAACUGAGAGGUAUGACCAUUAUUUCAUGGAAUCAUGACAGCAGCAAUGCUGAUGUAACUGAUGCCAGCAACGUGGACGACGACACUGGAUCAUUCCUUGACAAAGAUCCCAUUUUGACUGUAGGAGAGCAUGUCUUUCCAUUUGAUUUAAAGGUGCCAUGUGACCUUCCAUACUCCUUUGAAGGUCGUUAUGGAAAGGUCAAGUAUGAUUGUGUUGGAAUCAUCGAAAAAUCAAGUUCUGGAUUCAAAAUGUCAGAAAAGAUGACAUCAAAGAGACAAGAUAUUAGCAUCAUGUCGGGACUCGAUCUCAACCUUAUCCCAGAAGCAUCUGCAAGUUUCAUCCUCCUUUGUUACUUUUUCACUUUUAUUUCAGUAUCUAUCCAUGAUGCCAUUUUUUAUUUGAGUUUAUUGGAAUACUUAUAA